CUCAUAUUGACUCUUGGACGCUUUGGUGUCCACAUGCCCAAGCUGUAGAGUGUAGAGCCUAUUCAAUGCCUCAAAAAAAGAGAAAAUAACCGCCAAAUUAACGAAUUUAAUGCGCUUUAAGAUAAAGAUAGUUUGAAGGAGGGAGUGGUAUCUGCUGCACGCAAGCGCGCUGUUGCCGCAUAUUUUCAUACCCGACCGUACUCGACUGUUUCACUACCGCUCCUUUUCGAGGCCACUUGCCGUGUUAUGUUUCGUUUUGGCGUGGAUUUAUGGAAAUUUAUGUCAAAUAUUCGCUCGAAUUGACUGGUUUGUACGACAGUUGCCGAUCGCAAAAGUGUCAAAACGUGUUCAGUAGAUCGGCCAAUCGCAAUGCCUUCCAUAGAACAGUGUGAUGCUGCCGCAGUAAAUGUGGUUGCACUGCCGGCUACUCUGGAAAUGUUUGAGAAAUUCAAGCAGACUUCAGAUAAUGGAAAGGAUUCCGAUUCAGAGGAAAGUUUUCAUUUACAGUUAGAUGAAGACUUCAUUGAAAAUGGAUCAGUUGUGUCAAACGGGAACGAUAAAGAACAGAAGUGCGAAGAAACUGAAGAUGACAUUCUAAAUAAAUUCGAUACUGCCAUACAAGAUACUGCAGACCAUCUCGAUGCUUGUGACGAAGACGUCAUUCUUAAUGAUAUCGAUGAUGAUAAAGGCGCCGAAGAAAUAAUCGAGAAGGCCCUCAUCCUUUCUCCAAUCUUGCUACCAAACACAGAUAUUAAGAUUACUUAUGGCUUUAAAGAUUACGAAGAGAGCACAGAUGGCGAAUUUAAGAGCGUAUAUGAAAUUGAUGCAAAACUCCCGGAAAAUGAUGUAGAAACCCAAGAGAAGCCCGCUGAGUCAAUGGAGGUCGUUCCUGAAGAUAUCAACACUACAAGCAACGAACAACCAACCGCAACAGACGUAUCCAUGGACGCUGAAGCACAGGCAAACCCUGCAAAUGAGGUCAAAAUGGCAUUGGAAACUCCUGUAAACGAUGACUUAGAGGGCGAUACUGACGUUAAUAUGUCUGAGCCUUCCAAUUCGUCUGCUUUGCCCGAACAGCCGCCCAAAUGCGAAGGAGUUUCUGAAGACAAUGCAGAUGAUAAAGGUCUACUUAGUAGUCCUCAGCAGGAUGCAAACGAGAUUUUAACCAAAUCCGAAACAGAUGCCGGCGCAAAGUCUGAUGAAAAAGAUUUGUUCAAAAUCCCCGACGAGUUGUCUAAGGAUGCACAAGCAUGUGGUUCAGAAGUUUCGAAUGAUAAGACUGAAGACGACGAAUCGGAUCUCCUAGACGUGUCAAUGAUUCGUGAGACGGAGGAGGAUGAUGCAUUUGCCAUUGCCGAUGCCAUUGAAGAUACGGAUAAAGAAACACAAGCUAGCGAAAAGUCGGAUGAAGAGCAAAGCGAGAGAAUGGAAACCGAACAAGAGGGGAGCGAUGCCGAUAAAGAUAACUUUGAUAAUGAUAAUGCAAUGGGAUUUGAUGAUGGUGAUGAGGAAGGGGAUGAUGCCGAAAGUCGAGUGCGUGAACCGGAUGGCUCUGGUUCGGAAACCGAGCGGAAAAAUAAAAUAGCUGAAAUAUCUGAUAGUUCAAAGGACAGUGUUAGUGAUAGUAACUCAAAGUUGGAGACUGAAGUGAAAGCUAGUGAUAAAAAUGUGGAUGAUAAAUUGACUAAUGAGGAUACUCUUAGCGAUGAUGAGUUGCCGUUGAUUAUGAGAACCCGCGGAUUAAGCAGUAGAAGUGUGAGUUCAACCUGUGAUACUAAUGAGACUAAUGACAUUAAAAAAGAUGCCAAAGACAAUGAGAAAGCAACAGAAACCUGCGAGAAGGUUGCUGAGAAGAAAACCGUAGAUGAAAGUGGAAAGAUUCAAAGUGAAAAACGAAAAGCUGUCCUCAACAAAAGAAGUAAUUCGUUCGAAGAUGAUGGUGCAUCCAAGAAACUCAAGCUGUCGGUGGACGUCCAGGAAUCAUCAGAAACUGAUAAGCAGCUUAGCACUUCUAGUGCCACCGGGGAACCUCCAGUUGUCGGUGAAAACGUAAAUACUUUAACUUCGUUUGUCAAGUUUAUGCAAUGCCACAAGCUCAGCGGCAAACUGUCUAGAUCCGAUUUGGAGCAGUUUUGUAUUCAGAAAAUUUGCGAGAGUCUCAUGCUGAAGAGCUCUGAAGGAGAACUGCAUCAAAUAAUCAAAAAACACGAAAAAACCAUCGAAAAUAUCAGAAAGGAUCUUCAGCAGCUGAGCAAGCAAUGUAAAGAUCUCGAAAUCGUAAAUAAAAAGUUGAUGGGCGAGCUGAAAAAUCAGAAUGCUGCGAAAAAAGCUGUGAUGCCCCUGAGAAUCACCAGAUCCGUAGGGUUACAAGUAAGACUGAAUCCCGGUAACGAGGUAGCUAAUCAAAACAGACGAAGAACGACGAUAAUCUCUCCACCAAAGGCGCUAUUGGCAAAUCAUAUGCUCAACAAUAGAAGCAAAACAAGUCCUGCAAGCAUUCAACCUAUUCGACAAAUGAUGCAGAAUUCCCUUCAAAAAUCUCCUCUCACCACAGGCCAACCAACUACCCCCGUGAUGGCGCCAAUGCUCGCUACAGCCUUACAAAAACGCGCUGCAACCGCUAAGCGAACGCCAUCGAGUAAAAAACAGGCCGAGAAAACUGGCAAUCCCGGAGUUAUAGAUUUAACAGAAGAGGAUGACAAAUUAGCACAAAACAAAAGUCACACUAAUGCUAUGAAAAUUAUCAACAAUAUUGCAACGGGGAACAAAAAUAUCACCACAAAUAAGCAGUCUCCAGGCAAAAAUGGGGGUAAACAAGUACAAUCCAAGACAGUCCCGCUGAAUACAUCCAAGGGAAACAAUCUUUCACAAGGAAUAAGACUGACUCCCACAUCAGUAAUUACCUCAAGCGCGAAUGGCUCGCCUCAAAUGCUCUACGUGGUUCCGACUAUUACCUCAAACAGUAACGGCCAACAGAAAGUUGCAUUCGUUAAUUUUCAACCUGGAUCAUUAAACGGUUCUACAGUCUCUGUCAUGUCCGGUAAACAGGGUCAAACUCUCACACUAAAAACGAUCCCCAGCCCGAUCCGUCAUAAGCAUCCAGCCCCGCUACUAGCACCUCCCCGGAUCAGUUUGGAUCCGAAAUUAAAGCCUCUUCUGCCGAAACCCCAUCUUACAAUUAAGAAAAUCGACACCGGCAUCAUUUUGCAAUGGAAAAUGCCCUACAAUUUGGACUUGUAUGAGAACAUAGCGAGCUAUCAACUGUACGCAUACCAAGAAACGAACUCGGCGCCCAGCACGGAUAUGUGGCGGAAAGUCGGCGAUGUGAAGGCUCUGGCUCUGCCCAUGGCAUGUACCUUAACACAGUUUGCCGAUAAAAAUAAAUAUUUCUUCGCGGUUCGAGCAGUGGAUAUUCAUAAAAGGAUUGGAGCGUUUAGUGAGCCAGAGGAAAUUUCGUUGUAAGAAAAGACCUUUAGAAGUGAAUGUUUUCGUGAUAAGGGUACGUGUGGUUAUGAGAUCAAUUCAGUGAGCAGCCCGAGGUCGUUUUUAUACAAGCCCUAGAGGUAAACCGGGAGAAGCAACUGAAUGACUCAGAUGCAAAUGUGUUUACAUUUUCGUUGCUGACUGUUAAAAAGGUGUCUGCUACUCAACAUUCGUUUCAUACUGUUCCAUUAAGAAGCAACUUUGAAAUAGUUACUGCACCUGCCACUAACUGCUACAGGUUUCAAUGAAUCUCUAUCAUUUGUAAGAAAGAUUUUUUCGCUUGAUCAAAGAAUCACCAAACCAAUCUCUAAUGUGUAAUUGCUCAAUUGGCUCAGUUUUCACAGUACGAAAAUGUACACUAUGCCCGUUUAGUUUUCAGACGUUCUAGUAAGUCGUUUUAUAGUAAAAAACUAAUUUUAUCAUUGUAAGUAUGUACAUAGCAGCAUUCGUCGUAUUGCACACCAAUUAUGAUUUAGAUUAAGUAUAUGGACAGUUUGGUAUUUUGAUUCUCGGACCCAGGAUUUUUUGUCUAACUGUAACACGAUCAUUUUUUUUUGAUAUCAUGAAUUGUGUUAUUGCUGUGACUUGUUUUUUUCAUGGAUUUACAAACCAGCCACUGGCGGAAUUUUGAAUGUCCUGCACAACCUUCAUUACGUAGCUUCGUAAUUUAUUGAACAUAUAAAUAAGAAGUAAACAAGAUUUUUUUAA